AUGUCUUCAUCAUCCACAGCAAACAACACCUCAUCUGCUCCGCAAGUAUCUUCUUCGGACGAAGGUACUACUACUUCUAUGGUGCAAAGAAUUUCUCAAACAUUGAUCAAGCCAACGUCCUUGGUGGUUGUUUCUAUUGCUGCUCUGGGUGCGGCUUACUUUGUGUACAAGUCAUUGAGAAAGACUAAAACAAGUUCAAUCACUGGUGAUGAAUAUAGUGAUACUUCUUCUGAUGAAGAGUCUGAUGAGUCCGAGGAAAUGGAGAUGAGAGAUUUUACUUUGGAAGAAUUACACAAACAUUCUAGUACCAGUCAUAAACAAUUUGUGAGUGUGAUGGGUAAAGUUUAUGACGUCACAGGAAGUGGCUUUUACGGACCAAACGAAGCUUAUUCCAUCUAUGCCGGACAUGAAAUUGGCAAGGCUUUGGCAUUGAAUGAUGUAUCAUCACAACAUUUGGAUCAAUUUGAUGUGAGCGAUUUAACAACGCAACAAAUGGAGCACUUAACUUCAAUGAUUGAACAUUUUGAAAUGAAAUACAUUUGUGUUGGUACUCUCAAUGAAUGGGCCCAACAUUAA